AUGCCAAACCAUAUUCAAGAGCCUCUAUCCACUUGCCUUAAAAUGACUUUAACUAAAGAUGAAGAAGAAGAGGUCGACGAGAAAAUGGUGAUCUUGCAAGCUCAGAGUAUCGUCAACACUGUGGCUUUCCCUAUGGUUCUUAAAGCCGCCUUAGAGCUUGGUGUCAUCGACACCAUCGCCGCUGCAGGCAACGGCGCGUGGCUCUCACCAUCCGAGGUAGCACUUAGUCUCCCAACGAAACCCACCAACCCAGAAGCGCCGGUUUUGCUAGAUCGGAUGCUCCGAUUACUCGCCAGCCACUCGAUCUUGAAGUGCCGUGUGAUUGAAACCGGAGAAAACGGACAUACUGAGAGGCUAUAUGCAACCGAACCGGUUUGCAAGUUUUUCUUGAAAGAUUGUGACGGUUCUGGUUCUCUCGCGUCUGUGUUCUUGUUUGUCCAUACCCAAGCCUUUUUCAAGACUUGGACAAAUCUCAAAGAUGUGAUACUAGAAGGAAAAGAUGCAUUCAGCUCUGCCCACGGCAUGAGAGUUUUCGAAUACAUCGGUGCAAAUGAAAAAUUCGCUGAGAUGUUUAACCAGGCAAUGUCGGAAUCUUCCACAAUCGCCAUGAAAGACUUUCUAGAAGUUUACAGAGGAUUUGAAGAUGUUGAAACUUUGGUGGAUGUAGAAGGAGGAAUUGGCACCGUAUUAGGCCAAGUCACUUCCAAGUAUCCUCAUAUUAAGUGUGUUAAUUUUGACUUACCUCAAGUUUUAACCCAUGCUCCUUGUUAUCCAGGAGUUGAGCAUGUUUCCGGAGAUAUGUUUAUAGAAGUUCCAAAGGGAGAUGCCAUUUUCAUGAAAUGGAUACUGCAUGACUGGACGGACGAAUAUUGUGUAAAGAUUCUAAAAAACUGUUGGAAGAGUCUCCCACAAAAAGGAAAAGUGAUAAUUGUGGAUAUGAUUACACCUACAGAACCAAAGCGUGGUGACACUCAUAUGUUUCAUAUGGACAUGUUUAUGUUAACACAAUGUUCGGGUGGUAAAGAGAGAUCUCUUUCGCAAUUCGAAAAUUUAGCAUUUGAGUCAGGUUUUCUGGGAUGUGAAGUCAUUAGUCUCAUCUAUCCAUACUCUAUUAUCGAGUUCCACAAAUAA